CAUUCUUCACCUGCCACACAAUUUUGAAAUAGCACACAACCCCAGGGCUGCAUUCUUUGCGCGCCUUUGCGCUGUCAAAAUCAUUGCUAAGCGGCAUAACUACUUUAGAAGCAACGAGAGCAGUAGCUCAAAUCUGUAACAUGGGUGCCCAAGAUGUUCAGGAAAAUUCCUCACCUCAGGAGGAUGCAACCGAGCUUCAACUCGAUAGCAUUAAGAACAAAGAGCAGUGGGAUCGAUCAGGAGAUGCGCUGAAGGAUUUCUUAUUCCUAUACAAAACAGGCGUUUUGUAUGACUGCACCUUCCUUGUCAAACAAUCUGACGACCCAAAUGACCAGUUCGUUUUCAAAUGCCACAAGCUCGUCUUAUCGAUUGCAAGUCCUGUGUUCGAAACAAUGUUCAAUGGGAAUUUUUCGGAAUCAAAAAGAGAGGUUGACGAAGAGAUUGUCAUCCACAAUACUUCACCCAAGGCCUUUGACGCAGCCAUGAAGUUCAUCUACGGACGGGAGUUGAACUUCGGUGAUGUAAUGCUUGCCAGCGAAAUAUAUACCUUUGCGCACUUUUGGCAAAUUGACAGCCUCAUGACAGCGGUUGAGAAGUACCUUGGCAAACCAACUCCAGAAAAUGUGUGCAAAAUCUACGACAUGUACCAAACGCUCAACAGCAGCGAGGAAAAACUCCAAAAGAGCAUGGAGGUCAUCUUGGUGAAUACCUCGGAAAUCUUCAGCAGCUCUUUCUGGAAGACCGUGUCUCUGGACACUGUUGUGGAUAUCCUAAAUCAAGACCGCCUUAAUGUAGCUGGCGAGUCAGUCCUGAUAGAGUCUCUGAUCCAAUGGGGCAAAGCUCAGCUAGAUGACCCCGACGACGUGAAUGUUGGUCCAAAACUGAGGGAGGUGAUAGACCAGCCAUUGAAGCUGAUCAGAUUCUUCCAAAUGGACAUGAAAGAGUUUUCAGCCCUGUGCACCACAACACUGAGCAACAUUCUGACUGUGGAGGAAAAGUAUGCUAUUCUCCUAAGCAUGUCAAUGGAUUCAAGAGAAUAUCUGCCUGAGGGUUUCAGUAAAAAAUCUUGUCGGGAAGGCUUGCACCAGAACGCAACUACCCUUGACCUCAAGACUUCGUACUACAACAAUGGCUCCAGGGAGGACUUUUGGUUCAAAACUGACAAGAGCGUCUACAUCCUUGGCUUCAAAUUCAUCAAAUUCAAUCACUACGAUGCCUCUUUUGAACCUUCGUCUGCAUUUUUCCAGCUACAAGACGAGAAAGGCAACCUCAUCGGCUCUGGCAGCACAGAGAGCAGAGAUAGUAAAAGAAACUAUUUUACAUUUCGCAAGCCUGUUCUGCUCCAAGCAAAUGUCAAUGUCCAACUGCAAGUGAAGAUUUCCAACCUGAGCCUCUACUACACGCAACAGAAUUUCAACGCAGUAAGGUAUGACGUCCAGCUGAACGACCGCACCAUUGUCACCAUCAACCUGCUUAGAGACGCUUCAUGUGCAGGAAUUGCAGCUCUGGUUCUGGCUCGUAGUUGAAAUCAUCACUUGGUGUUUGCAAGAAACAUUUGACUCUUUGCAGGGAUUGCAAAGUAGAGAAAAGGGGAUUUAAGGGAAAAUAAGCAAGUUUUUAAGACUUGGUGAUACAUAUGUAACUGAGUACCUUAUUUGAUUGAUAUUUACGCAUUGUUCGACUUGAUUUUAAAAUUGGGUGAAAUGUUUUUAUUUUGAAGAAAACUUUCAUUAUUGAAAUGUGCUACUGGUAAGUGCAUUAAUUAAAAUUAAAAUGA